UUAGAGGAUGUCGUCCAGGAAAAUCUGUACACAUGACUGAAGCUGAAGUGAGAGGACUGUGUUUGAAGUCUCGAGAAAUAUUCCUACAACAACCAAUACUUCUUGAACUGGAGGCUCCCCUUAAAAUUUGUGGUGAUAUUCAUGGGCAGUAUACGGAUUUAUUACGUCUUUUCGAAUAUGGAGGCUUUCCACCAGAGGCAAAUUAUCUGUUUUUAGGAGACUACGUAGAUCGUGGAAAACAAUCUCUAGAAACCAUUUGCCUAUUACUUGCAUACAAAAUCAAAUAUCCAGAAAACUUUUUUCUGCUUCGGGGUAAUCACGAAUGUGCCUCGAUUAACAGAAUUUAUGGUUUUUAUGAUGAAUGUAAAAGGAGAUUUAAUAUAAAAUUGUGGAAGACAUUUACGGAUUGCUUCAACUGCUUGCCAAUUGCAGCCAUAAUAGAUGAGAAAAUCUUCUGUUGUCAUGGUGGUCUUAGCCCGGACUUACAGGGAAUGGAACAGAUCAGGCGUAUAAUGAGACCUACAGAUGUACCCGAUACGGGUUUACUAUGUGAUCUUUUGUGGUCAGAUCCUGAUAAAGACGUUCAAGGUUGGGGUGAAAAUGAUCGAGGUGUGUCAUUUACAUUCGGUGCAGAUGUUGUCAGUAAAUUUCUGAAUCGUCAUGAUCUCGAUCUCAUUUGCCGGGCCCAUCAAGUAGUAGAAGACGGAUAUGAAUUUUUUGCUAAGAGACAACUUGUGACCCUAUUCUCCGCUCCGAACUAUUGUGGAGAAUUUGAUAAUGCUGGAGGAAUGAUGAGCGUCGACGAAACUCUUAUGUGCUCAUUUCAAGUAAGUUCUGCUUAUUUUCUUCAAAAGUUGAAAGAAACAAGAAAUCUAGAUGGUACUUUCUUGGGGAAUGAUAAUGAAUGAACAAGA